GGUAUAAUUAUUUUCGAUCAAUUGCGAAGUCUUCUGAUAAAUUGACAUGAUUAUAUUUUCGCCUUCGAGCCAUGGACAAGAAGAUCUGAAUUGGAAGUUUAGAUUGGAUUUUCACAGGCAGAGGCAGGGGGCUGCAGGCUGCAGGCUGCUGAGGACGCGAGGGGGUGUUGGCGUCGCUCUGGCGGGAUCCCUCUGAUGGGCCGGUUGUGUGCGGCCUUCCUGCUGCUGUCCGGGUGUGUUUGUCUGGGGGUCGCUCAGGGUGGUGAUCCCUUGUACUCUGAACCCUGGCUACAAUCAGUGAGUCUGAACAGAAGGAUUGUCAAGAACGGGUUUCAUCGGGAGCUACUGAUAGAUGUUAAGCUUAAUGAAGGUGCUCACCCUGACUGCUGCAUUAUGAUUAAGGAGCAAUUGCCCCAAGGACUUUAUGUAGAUCCAUAUGAGCUUGCAUCACUGCGUGAACACAGCAAUGCAAAGGUAUUUGUUCAGAAGGAGAUCGAUAUUGAAGCUCCAGCAUACUUAUCAUCUGUGCACACCAUUAUCAUCUACCUUAAUCCUAACCCUAGCAAUCCUGGACAUUUCGUUGGCACAGUCCCAGUGCAUAUACGGUACCAUCGACCAACUGCUACAGAGGAAACCAAUACACUGGUGAUCCUUACGCAUCCACACUUGAUGAUUCACUGCCAAAGAGAUAAUCCAGUACAGGCCAGAUGGAACCUUAGUGAGUCUGAAGAUGGCUGCUCAGUCAGUAACCCCAGUGCCUAUCAGUGGGUGAAUAUUACCUAUCAGAAUGUUGUAGAAAUCUUAACACUCGAGGUUCCUGUUGGGCAGAAGAAGCAUACAUUGGUUGUGACAGCUGCAACAUUGCUGUCUACCAUUCUGUGCUGCAGUCUACUUUUCAGAGUUGUAUGGGUCCUAACUUAAAAACAAUGGGAAAUUGUUAAAAGGUGAAGUUGCCAAUCUUUUUGGAAUGGAUUACUACGAUGGAUUUGGCCAUGGAUGUCAUGAUUUUGAAGAUUUCAGAAGUCUUCAUGGCUUUUUUGAAAUCACAUUCUUUAAUAAUUUGAACUAGCCUGGUGUUAUGGGCUGGAUUAAUCAGACCCAACUAUUUGAGUUUCCAGGAGAUGUGGUAAUAAGCAUACAAGCAGAACUAAGUAACUUAAGACUAAUUUAUUACCAUAAAAUAAAAAGCACAAAUAAACCACACAAAAUACUGCCUAGCAAAGGUCUCUGGGCUCACGGUUCUUGGUCACCACUUGAUUGUUGUUGCUGUCGAGUUCUGAUUGAUGAAACCACCCCUUGGUCCCAGGCAGCGACACGAUCCCGAUCCCAGUCCCAGUGAAAGUUCAAAGAAAUUCAGAGAACAGCCCAAUACAAUAUAUCCACAAGUGGAGAGCAGCCACGAGACGAGCACUUUGACACAGCAUUAAGCAUAACCUCAUAAAUCAAUUAGUCAUUUUAAUGGUUACUCCUCAUUAUCUAGUAACAGAAAACAUUACUUGAGUUUGCAAAGUACCUUAAUGUUUAUGUAUAAGCAAUAAGCCUGAAGAAAGACAUUCUAUUAACAGACAUUCUUAGUGUUUAUUCACUAACAGACAUCCUCCGGAAAUUAACAGGCCCCAUGUGCUAUAAGAUCAUAAAGAGAGGGGACUUCCGGUAGCGCUCAUGGAGUGAAGUCACGUUCUUGACUCGCUCCAUUACCUCUGAGUUUUUCUUCUUAUGAUCAGCUAUAUGUUAAUUAACCAUUAAGGCAUCAACUUUUACAAUACUUUGAAACAAAUUGGACUCUUUGAUAAUUGGAUGCGUUUAAGGUCUGCUAUGUCUAAGAAUGGAAAAAACGGAAAGGACGGCAAACCUCCGGUUAGACCGAAAGAUUUCCCUCCGACUGAACCACCGGUGACUUUGAAAGCUAUAUCGGAGCUAAUUCGGGAGGAAAUUUCAACUAGUUUCCAGAAAAUUGCUGAUUCAAUUGAGAAGAUACAAAUAUCUAUUACGGAACAUCGGUCGGCUAUAUCUGAUCUUCAAAAAUCCACGCAACAAAGUGAGCUCAAGUUGGAGAAAAUCGAAGAAACAAUUAAUGUAAUGAAGAAGAAACUCGACUUUCUGACCUUUAAAAACUCUGACUUAGAAUCCAGAAUGCGACGGCAGAAUCUUCGAAUGAUUGGGGUGCGUGAAGCUGUUGAAUCCGAUAACUCUAUGAAGUAUUUUUCUCAACUUUUAAAAGAUGCAUUUCCUACUGUAUUUCCUGACCAACCACCGUUAUUGGAUCGUGUUCACAAAGUUCCGUCAUACUUGCCUAGGUCAGAUAAACCUAGACAUGUCAUUUUACGUUUUCAUUACUUCCAAGACAAGGAGAAACUGUUUCGUUUCGUUCGAUCUAAAGGUUACAUUGAUUUUCUGGAUCUCAAGUUCCGAUUCGUGGAGGAUUUCAGUAAACCAAUCCGGGAUCAAUGGGUUCGUUACAGAUCUGUGAUGUCGGAACUCUACAAGAUGGAUUUAAAACCAGCGCUGCUUUACCCAGCACGUCUAAGGAUUCGCACAUUGGAUGGAGCCCUCCGUUUUUUUGAAUCUCCAUCGGAUGCCCAGAGUUAUCUGGAUCAAUUUUCACCUUCAACAUCUUAAUCGUAAUUUUUUAACUAUCUCCGUUGAUCGGAGGUUGUGAAUUUGUCGGUCUUAAUUUUUUUUUGCCCUAUAUGGACAGAAAAGUUUAUUUUUGAUUAUUUAAUAUGGUUGCUAAACUUCCUUUUUAACUGCGUCAUUUCUUUCUUUUUCCCAGGGGAUUCUGGGUGGUUAUUUCCUCAUUGUCAUUUUACGUAUUUCCUUUGUGGCCUUAAAUUUUGUAGUUUUUUUUAAAAUCUAUUUUGUUUUGUAGGUUUUUAUAACUAGUUUAUGUUAAUAAUCUUUUUUUUUUGUUUUGUUUAUUCAUGGGUCUGGGGUUUAUUGCGGUUUUUUUUAUAUUUUCUGGCUUU